AUGGUGCCGGUCCGCCGAUAUCUGAGAAUCACAAAGUACUCCGUCUUAGAAUGCCGCAUCUACCUCGACAACCCGUCUCUCGCGCAGUCAUGGCUGUUGAAUCCGCGAUACUCUAUCCUGCCCCGAGUCAUCGAAAGCAUCCGGCCGCUUGUGCUGCCCAAGCUCCGUGAGGAGAAGGAGAGGUCACAGAAGAAAAGUUCCAAGAAGAGCGUGAAGGAUGUCAUUGUACAAGAAGACGACUUCGAGGUGUCCAUGUUCCUGACCGAGACAAGCACCCGACAUUCCCUCCUGACGAGGCAGAAACACUUUCGCGAAAAAGCGCCACCGAUGAUGUCCAACUCGUCGAGACUCAUUGGCGAGACGGAUGAUGUCCCCGUUGAUAUCGACGCAGAAGAUGCCCCCCUCGUUCUCCUGGAGGAAGACGGCGAUGACGAGCAUGUUCAGCUUGAAAACAUCCCUACUGCUGAGCCUCGGCCGAAGAGGAAGCGGAACGCCAUUCGCACCGAUGGGGAUGAUGAAGUAUCGGGAAGCGACGGCGCGGAAUCAGUAAUCGACGUAGAUUCUGAUCCCAACCAGUCGGAACCGAAGCCCGACAGAAUCAAUCCUUCAUCAGAUGCCGACGAGGACGACAAGAAAAAGCUGGCUAUGGACGUGUCGUACGAGGGUUUCGCCAUCCACGGCCGCGUCCUCUGCCUGGUUGUUAGGAAGCGAGACAACAAGGCCCAGCAGCAGCAGCAGCAGCAGCAGCAGAGCACCGAUACAAGAGAAGGCGUCAAUGCUGCUGGCCGAGGACAGGCCAGGAUGGAGAACUGGAUCACGUCGACCCAGAUUCCAGUGGGCGACGAGGGCUCGUGA